CGACGAGCAUCAGGGAUGGCGUUGAACGGGAAUGAUGAGGGAUGAAAACAAGAGCGAAGUGAAGAGUGAAAGUGUGUGUGAGUAAAACUAUCGCCAGCGUCAUUUCGCGUGUCGCGACGGGUACAGAUAGCGCUGUUACAGUGAUGUGACGAGAGUUGCAAGAGCGAAGAGAGAGAACAUUUUGUCCAGUUUGAUAUUCUAUCGAGCGAGAGAGGAAAAAGGUUGUCCAUCCAUGUGUGCGACGAUAUCCGUUUGUGGCGCUGCAGCACACUGUUAUAAUACAAUUAGCGUGCAGGUAGGCAGGCACUCGAAAAACAUUGGACAGAAACUGGACACAAACAGACACCACAUAUGGACCAGCUAUGAAUCAGCUGCGACUGGGAGGACACACUCACUUGCUAAUGUGCUAAUGGAUGGUUUGGGGGUUUGUCCGACCGCCACGAUCCGCCCCGGCUCCAUUGGUUCGCGACGCAUUGCUGUGUGAUGCGGGUUUGUUCUACGCGUAACGCAUCAACGAAUCAGUGCCAAUCGCUUUAAAUGACAUUAACCCGCCGAAGGGUAGGACACUGUGUGUGUGUGUGUGUGUGUUUGUGUGCAGUGACGCGGAGGGCGCGGAAGCAAAAGUGGAAACAAAAAGCCUACUAGGGGUGGGGUGAAUACGAGAUGAGCCAACGGAGCGAAAACGCGGGCGCGCGCCACCCGAGCACAUGGUGCACUACCACCACACACACACAGUCAAUCCACAGUCCCUUUUGGCCGUUAUGCACAGCAGCAGCAGCAGCAGCAGCAUAUACGCACGGUGCGGCGGCGAACGAGUCAAGCAGUCUGACGGCAGCCGUUGGACGGCUCGAACGUAACGAGGUGACUGUCGCACAGAGUGAAACGAACCGAACUCCCUCCCCCCGUGACGGAGUAGGCACUGCAGGUCGCGUUGGUUGUUGUUGCGGUUUCAGCGAGCAUUCAAGCAAAGUGACCAAACAAACAAAGCGUGAAACGACAGAAACAGCAAGUGCAGCGUGUUUUCACUAUCCCCAGCAAAGGCAGCAAAUUUCCUUGGCCACUGCGGAGAGUGGAGUAGAAGGCGCCAAAAUACAGAACAGUGGCACUGAGUUUGAUACAGUACGUCAACAAAGGGCUUCAACAAACACAGAAAAAUCGAAACACAAAAUGUCCUUCACAGUGAGUAAUGGCGCCACAAGGCUGCUGCUGACGGUGGUCGUGCUGCUGCUGCCAACUGCAUCCAUACAAGCACAACAAGAGCCAGGUGAUCGUGUGUACAAGCCGGAAAUGGACGAUCUCUACAUUACGGUGAACGCGCGCACCCGCACCCUCGAGCUGGCGUGGCGCAAUUUCGACGAUCUAUCCAAUUACAUACUGCUGGCGGAACAGUACCCGGUGGAAGCGUUCGAGCCGCGCCAGUACUACUACACGACCGGUAGCUCGGGGACCACCACCGACGCUUCGGACGGCGGUGCGAGCAGUGGGACGACACCGGCGAUGAUGAUGAUGAUGGGUGAUGAUGAUGCGAGCAUCGCCCUCAGCUCGCCGGAAGUGACCACCGCUGGCACUACCGAAAAUAGCGUCUCCGACUCGACGACCGGUGAGAUGGAGCUCGUCUGGGCGUACGACUUCCGGGACGAGUCGGGCUACCGGCAGAAGGAGGUGCUGUUUUCCCUACAGCCGGUCUACACCAACGGGUGGACCAAAACCGGUAUCAAAUUUAAUUACGAUCUCCUGAACAGCGUCAACACCAACACCAGCUGCUACGGGUACUACGCGUACUUCGUGCGCCCGAACGGUACCGUCCUGUCGGCGCACUGCAUGAAGCUCCAUCCCCGCUGGAUGACCGAUCUGCGGACGCAUCUGAGCCCGUUCCGCAUGCGGGAGCUGUUCAUACCGGGUACGCACGAUUCCGCCUCGUACAAGGACGGGUUCGAUCCGCUGCACCAGGAAACGAUCAUCACCAAGUACUCGCUGACGCAGGACGAGGACGUGUACGGGCAGCUGCUGCACGGCAUCCGGUACAUCGAUCUGCGCGUCGGGUACUACAAAAACAGUCGCACCCCGUUCUGGGCGAACCAUGGCAUAUCGCGGCUCCAUCCGCUGAUCAACGUGCUCGAGCAGAUCAAGCGUUACGCACAGGAAACGAACGAAAUUAUCGUGCUAGAUGUGCAGGAGUUCCCGGUCGGGUUCGGCAAGGAGUACAACAUCCACACGAAGCUGAUCGAGUUCCUGCAGAGUACGCUGCGGGACGUGAUGGCCAGCCCGAGCAUUGGAUGGUCUGGGACGCUGGGUGAUGUGUGGGCCGGUGGCAAAACGGUGAUCGUGGCGUACGAUCUGGAGUUUGCCUUCCGGUCGUUCCCGGACGUGGUGUGGCGUUCGGUGCAGCAGCGCUGGGGCAACGUGCAGAAGGUGAACGAUCUCAAGGACUACCUGUUCAAGGUGCACCAUCCAAAGGGAUUCCGGGAGUACUCGUUCCGCCCGGUAGCCGAUAUGGCUGAGCUAACGCCCGAUCCCUGGGGUGUGAUCACCGACCGCUAUGGUGGGCUGCGCAAGAUGGCCGACUCGGUCAACCGGUUCGUCACCAAGUGGUACUUUGAAGAUCUCGGCCCAACGGCCAACGUGGUCGCCGUCGACUUUGUGCGCGGUACGAGCAUCGUCGAGGCGGCCAUCUACUGGAAUCUGAAGCGUGUGCCAAACGGUCCAAUAAACCUACAUCGCUGAUCAGUAGUCA